AUGAAGACUCAGGGUUUGAUUCUGGUGGCGCUGGUACUGGCUCCGGUUUGCUUGGCCAAACCAGGAGUAGGAGAAUUUUUCGAAAAGCUCUUUGGCGUGUUUCACCCGGAAGGUAUCAACGUAACCGAUGCACCUGACAAUACCACGGAUGCUGGAGAAAUCACUACGGAGCUGGAUGUGGUAACGGAAACAGUGGCAACCGAGUUUGACAAUGAAACAGAAGUGACCAAUGCCAAGUUGGUAGGUGUGAAGGUGGAAAGUUUAGUGGAAUCCGACGAAGUUACAACCCAAGUCACCACGGUUGAGGAUACGACAUUGGAGAUUGAGCAUAGUAGCACAACUCCUUCCACGACUACCACGACGGUAGUUUACAAAUUAUUCCACCCCAAUAUUACCACUGAUUCAACUACAACCACUCAAUCAUCAACAACGGUGUCUUCCACUGCUGCAUCAUCGGAAUCAUCCACAUCGACUACUAUCGCUUCAGAUGCCUCGACAACUUCUGCUUCAACAACUGCUGAAUCAUCGAAAGCUGACUCAUCUGUUGCCGUUUCUCAAACCGAUGCUCCCUCAACCACUGCAGCGUCGCCUGAUGUAGCAACUUCAACCAUUUCACCGACAGCAACCAACACUACGUACCAAACGACUGUAUCCACUGAACCCAAUUCUACAGUGAUCUUGGUGACCCCGGAGGUUCAAUCCUCUACCUUGGUCACUCCGCUAGCGGCUUCCUCCACCAUCGUGAACAACGCACUCUGCAAAACCACCUACGAUCCGGCAACCAACCUGAAGAUAACGUCCUGCGCGACAUCGGCAACAACCACCAAGAGCGAACGGAAACGAUCCGUCGAUAGUAACGUUGAACUCUUGGCGACUUGGUGA